AAAUUGGAGUUAGCUGGUAUUAUUGCUUUUUGAGUGAUUUACUAAGAAAAAAUUCAGAUAAACAUCCUGCUGAUGAAUAUGAUCAUGAUCCUAUAGAAGAUAUUUCAGAUAGUUUAGCAGGAUUAACAUUAAAUAAGAAAACUAUUCAUAAAGUCCUCCAAAGUGAACUUAAAUUAAUUUUUCCUGAUCAUUUCUCCCAAGACUCUAUUAAAGCUAAUAUACCGAAUCAAGCACCUCUAAUUCAGGAAAAGAUAGAAUCUCAAAGCAAUACUUCUCCAAUUACUGAAGUU